AAAUUGUCAUUUUCAUUUUUUGUAUUCGUGGAACAUUUUUGCGACAACGCUGAGUUUGGCAUUAGGUAUUUAGGUGAGCUUGCCAUAAGGGAAUCACAGACGAAAGCGCAGACAUGGGCAUCGCUAGCAUUUUGCAGCUGGACGAAAUGAUGGGCGAUUUUAAUCGCAUGAACAAACGCCGGUCACUGUAUCAGGUUCUGAGCUUCGCCAUGAUUGUCUCGUCGGCGUUGAUGAUCUGGAAGGGCCUUAUGGUUGUGACGGGCAGUGAAUCGCCUAUUCUUGUACUAAGUGGCAGCAUGGAACCGGCGUUCCACCGUGGCGAUCUACUGUUCCUCACAAACUACAAGGAGGAACCAGUUCGCGUGGGCGAGAUCGUUGUGUUCAAAGUGGAGGGCCGCGACAUUCCGAUUGUGCAUCGCGUGAUCAAAUUGCAUGAAAAGGAGGAUGGCACUGUCAAGUUUCUGACCAAGGAUGAUAACAAUAUUGUGGACGAUCGGGGACUCUACGCGCCCGGCCAGCUGUGGCUGACCAAAAAGGACAUUGUGGGCCGUGCAAGAGGGUUUCUGCCCUACGUGGGCAUCAUAACAAUCUUUAUGAACGAGUAUCCAAAAGUGAAGUGGGCAAUACUCUCGAUACUGGCCAUCUUUGUGCUGCUGCAUAGAAAAUAGAAACAGUAUACUGCUUGGUACAAUUUUAAGUCGUGUGGCGCGCAUAGCGAUGCGGAGGAGGUGCACAAUCUGAAGCCUGUUCAUUGGAGACACACACAAACACAAUUAACAUACCUUAAGCAUAACAGCAUGUUUAAAGUGUUUAGAGCGUGAAAUGUGAACCGUUUGGAAUCGACUGCACUAAUUGGCCGUAUGUGCUUGCAUUGCACAUCUCCAUUCUGACUAGUGCAUUACACACGUCCAGUUGGAAAUCCGUGCCCCGUACCGCCACCUCCAGCACAACUGCAUUUUCUUUGUCACCGCCACCAGUCAAAUAGUUUGUGGCAGCGUUUCUGGAUCUGUGCAUCGUCAGCUAUAAGAUCCGUCUUCGGCCAGCGCUGGUGGGCUUUCCUCAUCGCUCUUCUGCACGAAAUACACGAAACAAAUGGCGCCCUGGUCUUGGUUCAACAUUCCUAUUAGUAGCCUUCCGAACUGUGCGUCGACGAAGCCAUAUUUGACUAUUUUUGGCGGACUGGACAGUGGAGUUAAACAACAAAUGCGUUUUGAUAUUUCGGAGUAAUACGGCCACACUGAUUGCAGAAGCACAGCUGAUUGGGCCUUAGAGAUGACAGAUAUCGUGAUUUUAGUGUCACUGUGAAAUUUAAUUUUAGUUAUUAAAUA